CGCAUGGUCCCCUCUCACGAUCCCUUUUUAGAUUCAUGCUUCCCUCAUGGUGCCCAACUUUUACCACAUCGACAACUUUCGUUUCUUCCGGACGGCCAAAGUGUCGCGAUUCCUUUUCCUUUGUCCGUUUAGUCCUUCAUUCCAGCUCCUGAGUGCGUCAUUCACUGUGACUACCAGGUACUACCCAGGCAUUACAUCACAGCUACCGCCAUGGUGUUCGAAACAGCAGACUGCACAACCGUGCGGUCGUCAGUCCCCAGCGAUGCUGGCAUUGCUGGCACUGGUGUCCUUCUCUCCUUCAUCUUCACAGCGGCCCUCGCCCUGGCCAUGAGCGCGUCGCUCAUCUUCCAAGAGUUCCGCGCGUGCCGGCGCAAGGACGGCUACUGCAAGCCGCACACGAUCCGGCGCAAGCUCCUCAACUCGUACUCGGACCAGCAGAUCCUGACGGGCAUCGGCCUGCAGAGCGUCGGGCUCGCCAAAGCCUCGACCCUGGUCCCCUACCACUUCUUCAUCAUCUGGAUGCUGAGCCUGCUCUCCAUGGCCGUCCACAACGCCACCCUGCUCGCCCUCGUGCACGACUUCCGCCGCGACUGGGUCCUGCGCUGGCUGCGCCAGUUCCUCAUGUUUGUCAACCUGGCCCUGUCGUGCGUCUACGGCGUCUACAUGCUGCGCGCCACGGCCCAGAACCUCGAGCAGACGCUGCCCAUCGCCUGCGUGUGGGGCCAAGGCGGCCAGACCGCCAGGGUGCCCGAGGAGAACCCCGGCCUGAGCUACGUCGGCACCUCGGCCGUCAUCGCCGGCAACUGCGCCGUUUUCGCCCUGGCAACCUGGUACCUGCACAGCCGCAGCCAGCGCUUCUACAAGACCAUCCAGGUCGUCGGCGUCGUUGUCAUGUUCGCCAUCGCCAUCGGCGCCGCCGUCCGCGUCGGCCUGCUAUCCCAGGCCUUCGGCAACCCUUCGGUCCCGCUAGCCGACAGGGGCGAGACCGACUGGAGCUUCGGCCAGCUGCUCGCGCUGCUAAUGCUCCUGCUCCCCGCCAUCUCGGUGCUCGAGAUCUACCGCGGCGACCUCAAGAUCGCACCCCCCGUCGAGGACCAGUCGUAUUUGGACGGGUCCGCCGCGGCGUCGCCCGCGGCGCAGGAGGAGGAGAUGCAGAGGAACCCGCGAGCGAGGACCAACCAGAACACGUUUGAACCGAAUCCUUUCUUUGGGUCGCAAACUGACUUGUUUAAGAAGUAACGCGGGGGCAAUGGGCCGGUUGGAUCUUGUUAAUAUUUCUCAGAAUGCGGUGCAAAUAUGGUACUUUUUGUUUGGUUUGGUCGAUCGAGCUGCUGGUACCGGCAAAUGCCGUAAAGCGCCCCUCCUUUUCGAACCACGUGUUCUCGCCGCGCGGGAACAAGUUAGUUCUACUAUUUGAUGCAUACAAGUUAGUUUGUGCUGACUCAUUACUUCGCGCCGUGAAUGCAACCUUGGCUGGUUGCUAGGACUGAUGACCUAAUUCUACUGAGAUGGUAUAGAUAUGAAAGCCAAUAAAAACUUGAUGUCAGCACACCGCGUAGCAUCAAUUAGGAAGCGCUUUUAUUCCCAUCCUGGUAUCCAGCAUGAUUAUCA